AUGCGCUGGGGGGGCUUCCUCCUGCUCUGCCUGCUCCGCGGGGCGCUGGGCGCAGGUAGGGGGGACGCCCCCCCCGGGAGCGAGGGCCGGAGGGCUCGGGACACGUCCGAGGGGACGCGCAUCAGCCAGGACCUGGCGGGCGACAGCCUGGCCAUCGACACCCUGCCGGCCAACGAGACCCGCAUCGUGGAGGACAACCACAGCUAUUACGUGUCGCGGGUGUUCGGCCCGGCCGAGGCGCGGCGCCGCGGGCUCUGGGUGGACCUGGCAGCGGCCGGCGGGAGCCGAGCGAAGAUCCACGGGAUCCUCUCCAACACGCACCGGCAGGCCUCGAGGAUCGUCCUGUCCUUCGACUUUCCCUUCUACGGCCACCUCCUGCGGCAGGUGACCAUCGCCACCGGCGGGUUCAUCUUCGUGGGGGACGUCCUGCACCGCAUGCUGACGGCCACGCAGUACAUCGCCCCGCUGAUGGCCAACUUCAACCCCGGCCACUCCCGCCACUCCACCGUCCAGUACCUGGACAACGGGACGGUGUUCGUGGUGCAGUGGGACAAGGUUUAUCUCCAGGGCAGGGAGGAGCUGGGCAGCUUCACCUUCCAGGCGGCGCUGCACCGCAGCGGGAGGAUCGUCUUCAGCUACCACGAGAUCCCGGUGCCGGUGGCGCGGAUCGGCGGCGGCCAGCACCCGGUCAAGGCCGGGCUCUCGGACGCUUUCCUGGUGCUGAACCCCGCUCCGGACGUGCCCGAGUCCCGGCGCCGGACGAUCUACGAGUACCACCGGGUGGAGCUGGACCCCGGCAGGAUCAGCAGCCUCUCGGCCGUGGAGUUCACCCCUCUGCCCAGUGAGUCCCAGCCCUUCCCGCCCGGAAUUCCCCCCCAAAAACCCCCCGGGGCGGCCGAGGCAGGGCCAGGGGUGCUGGGAGGGGGAUGCAGCCCCUGCCCCGCCGUUUGGGGGAUGUGGGGCGGUGCAGGGAGGGGGUGCUGUCAGCAGGGAGCAGCCCAGCCCCACCCUGGGGUCCCUGGGGUCAGCCCAGCCCCACCCUGGGGUCUCCAAGGAGCAGCCCAGCCCCACCCUGGGGUCCCUGGGGUCAGCCCAGCCCCACCCUGGGGUCCCUGGGGUCAGCCCAGCCUGUCCUGGGGUCCCUGGGGUCAGCCCAACCCCACCCUGGGGUCCCUGGGGUCAGCCCAGCCCCACCCUGGGGUCCCUGGGGUCAGCCCAGCCCCACCCUGGGGUCUCCAAUCGGAUGAGCAGACCUGCGCGGACCUGGCGGAGGGCGGGCGCUACCCUGCGCCCCCGGGUGGCUCCGUGUCACCGCCCGGCCGCGAUGUCACCUCCGCCACCUCCUCGCCCUUCCUCGGCAGCCUCACCACGGAAGACGACACCAAGCUCAACCAGCUGGCGGGAGGAGAGGGCCCCCCUGCCCGCGGUGUCCCCGUCCCCACGGGCACCGUGGUGGCCGUCGUGGUGGCCGCGCUGCUCCUGGCCGGGGCCGUCCUGGCCGGGCUCUACGUCUGCGGCCACCCCACGUCCGGCGCCGCCCUCUUCUUCCUGGAGCGGAGGCCGCGCCGCUGGCCCGCCAUGGAAUUCCGCAGCCGCGCCCGCCGCGCCUCCUACGCCGGGGUGGAGGCGCCGGGCCAGGAGAAAGAGGGGAUCGUGGAGGCCGAGCAGUGCUGAGGGAUCCCCGGGAAUGGCCAGGAAUGCCCGGGAAUGCCGAGGAAUGCCCAGGAAUGCCAAGGAAUGCCCAGGAAUGCCAAGGAAUGCCCAGGAAUGCCAAGGAAUGCCCAGGAAUGCCAAGGAAUGCCCAGGAAUCCCCAGGAAUCCCGAGGAGUCCCAAGGAAUGCCAAGGAAUUGAGGAAUCCCCAGGAAUCCCCAGGAAUCCUGAGGAGUCCUAAGGAAUCCUGAGGAAUCCCAAGGAAUCUCAAGGAAUCCCAAGGAAUUGAGGAAUCCCAAAGAAUCUCCAGAAAUCCCCAGGAAUUCCCAGAAAUGCCAAGGAAUCCUGAGGAAUUGAGGAAUCCCAAGGAACUGAGGAGUCCCAAGGAAUCCCGAGGAGUCCCAAGGGAUGCCAAGGAAUUGAGGAAUCCCCAGGAAUCCUGAGGAAUCCCGAAGAAUCCCAAGGAAUCGAGGAAUCCUGAGGAAUUCCAAGGAAUCCCUAGGAAUGCCAAGGAACCCCGAGGAGUUCCAAGGAAUUGAGGAAUCCCCAGGAAUCCCAAAGAAUCCUGAGGAAUCCCGAGGAAUCCCAAAGAAUCCUGAGGAAUCCCGAGGAAUCCCGAGGAAUUGAGGAAUCCCAAGGAAUCAAGGAGUCCCAAAGAAUCCCAAGGAAUCCCAAGGAAUCCCCAGGAAUCCUGAGGAAUCCCAAAGAAUUGAGGAAUCCCGAGGAAUCCCAAGGAAUCAAGGAGUCCCAGGAAUCUCAGGGAAUCCCCAGGAGUCCCCAGGAAUCACGAAGAAUCCCGAGGAAUUCCAAGGAAUCCCAAGGAAUCCCGAGGAAUGCCAAGGAAUGCCGAGGAGUCCCAAGGAAUUUAGGAAUCCCGAGGAAUCCCGAGGAAUCCCGAGGAGUCCCAAGGAAUUGAGGAAUCCCAAAGAAUCUCAAGGAAUCCCCAGGAAUCCCCAGGAAUCCCCAGGAAUCCCGAAGAAUCCCGAGGAAUCCUGAGGAGUUCCAAGGAACUGAGGAAUCCCGAGGAAUUGAGGAAUCCCCAGGAAUCUCAAGGAAUCCCCAGGAAUCCCAAGGAAUCUCAAGGAAUCCCGAGGAAUCCCGAGGAAUCGAUGAAUCCCAAGGAAUCCCGAGGAAUCCCGAGCCUCCCAAAGCCCCGGAAUCUUCCGUUGUCCCGUUCCUUCGUCCCUCCCGGAAGAGCAGCGGCGACGAGAGGGGAGAAAACCCAGAAUUAGAUUUUUUUUUUUUUCUUUUUGGGAAGGAAUUUUUGGAAGGAAUCCAGCCUUGGAAUCCAAAUUCCAGGAUCUGGAAGGAUCCAAUGCCUGGAUCCUGCUGGAUCCGCUCUGCGCUGGGUGUGGAAAAAACCGCGGUGGAUUUUCCCAGCUUAGUUGGAAUUUCUGGAUUUGUUUUUUUUUAAUUGUUUUUCCUCUUCCCUCCUCCCCUCCCGGGGCAGCAGGGAGGAUUUUUGGGGAUGCCUCUGGAUGGGGAACACAUUCCAAGCUGGAAUUCCAGGAAUUCCCUCUCCCACCCCCUCACCCCUUUCUCCGCUCCCCCUCUCUCCUCCUUUAAUUGACAUUUUAAUUGACAUUUUAAUUGACAUUUUAAUUGACAUUUUAAUUGAUAUAUUAAUUGAUAUUUAAUUUUCCCUUCCCAUCCCUCCUCUGUUUUUCCACCCCCAAUUCCAACUCUCCUUUCCAAGCAGCCCCUUCUUCCCAGGAAAGGGGAUUCGGGUUAUUUUGAGGACAAAAAUUCAAUAAUUCGGGUUAUUUUGAGGACAAAACCUCAAUAAUUUGGGUUAUUUUGAGG